CUUAGACCGAGAGACUGUAGGGACUUGGGUCGCCUAGUGCGGAAAGGGGGAGGGCUUGCUGAAGCCCGGCCCCAGAGAAGAGGAGUGGUCUUAUAGGGGCAACAGGAAGAGGGGAGGGUGUCCUUGAGCUAACAUCAGACUUCCCCUUCCUCCCCCUGCUUGCUUCUGGGGGUCCUUCCUGGAGCGGGAGGCCGGAUACUGGCCAGCGGUUGCUUCAGAGCGCGCCCUGACCCUUGCUGACCUUUGGGGACUUGGGGAAGUGCGGGAUUGGUCUCCGGGAGCCGGGCUCUGCGUGCCUUGGCCAGGGUGGAAGAGCCCGGCAGCGCGCCAAGAAGCUGUUGCGCACAGACAGGACCUUCCUUGUCUCUGAUAGUGACACGGCGGGAGCCCAGCGCCUCGUGCGCCCCUGGCGCUGCCAGUGCGCCCAGAGCCAGCUCGGCGGCACCCGCUGGGAAGCCCAGGGCUCUAUGGGGCCUCCAUGAAGGCCCCCUUGCGGGCUGGCUCGAGGGGCCUCGGGAGCCAUCAUGAUACAGGAUGCUUCUCUCGGUCCUCUGGGCCCUUCGCUCAGUGCUCUGCUCCUGGGCAGGCUCGCGACCAGUAUGGCCCCCACGCUGGAGGAGGCGUACCGGAGGCGCUGGUGGAUGGCGUGCACGGCCGUGCUGGAGAACCUCUUCUUUUCCGCGGUGCUCCUGGGCUGGAGCUCCCUGCUGAUCAUGCUCAAGAACGAGGGCUUCUAUUCCAGCAUGUGUUCAGCUGCGAACACUACCAACACCAGCCAGGAUGAGCAGCGCCAGUGGCUGAGCUGUAACCAGCAGGAAGAGAUGCUCAACCUGGGCUUCACCAUCGGCUCCUUCGUGCUCAGUGCCACCACUCUGCCGCUGGGGAUCCUCAUGGACCGCUUCGGGCCCCGGCCCAUGCGGCUGAUUGGCAGCGCCUGCUUCGCUGCAUCCUGCACCCUCAUGGCCCUGGCCUCUUGGGACACCAAAGUUCUGUCUCCGUUGAUAUUCCUGGCCCUGUCCCUGAAUGGUUUUGGUGGCAUCUGCCUAACAUUCUCUUCACUCACACUGCCCAACAUGUUUGGGAACCUGCGCUCCACUUUCAUGGCCCUCAUGAUCGGCUCCUAUGCCUCUUCUGCCAUCACGUACCCGGGAAUCAAGCUGAUCUAUGAUGCCGGCGUGUCCUUCAUGAUCAUCAUGUUUACCUGGUCAAGCCUGGCCUGCCUCAUCUUUCUGAACUGUGCCUUCAACUGGCCGAGUGAAGCCUUUCCCUCGCCGGAGGAAGUCAACUACAAGGAGAAGAUCAAGCUCAGAGGGCUGGCCCUGGAUCACAAGGUGACAGGUGACCGCUUCUACACCUAUGUGACCACCGUGGGCCAGCGGCUGAGCCAGAAGGCCCCCAGCCUGGAGGAGGGGGCAGACAUCUUCAUCUCGUCUCAGGACGUUCGUGACAUCUCAGAAAAGUCUGUGGAGAAGUCUGUGCCCUUGCGCAAGAGCCUCUGCUCCCCCAUUUUCCUGUGGAGCCUCCUCACCAUGGGCAUGACCCAGCUGCGGAUCAUCUUCUACAUGGCCGCUAUGAACAAGAUGCUGGAGUACAUCGUGACUGGUGGCCAGGAGCAUGAGACGGACAACCUGAAACAAAGGGUGACAGAGACAGUUGAGUUCUACUCGUCCGUCUUUGGGGCCAUGCAGCUGUCGUGCCUUCUCACCUGCCCUCUCAUUGGCUACGUCAUGGACUGGCGGAUCAAGGACUGCGUGGACACCCCCACUGCUAGGGACGGCGUGGCCACCAAGUCCGUCAGACCACGCUACCGCAAGAUCCAAAAGCUCACCAAUGCCAUCAACGCCUUCACUCUGACCAACCUUCUGCUCGUGGGUUUCGGCAUCACCUGCCUCAUCGACAGCUUACACCUCCAGGUACCCGUCCAACCACUUCGGGACACUGACGGGCCUGCAAUCCCUCAUCAGUGCUGUGUUUGCCCUGCUCCAGCAGCCGCUUUUCAUGGCCAUGGUGGGACCCUUGAAAGGAGAGCCCUUCUGGCUGAUACCUGCCUCGAGGGCCCACCCACUCCCCACAAUGGUGACGAAACGACAGCUGCCAUUUCCCAAGUGCUCACCGGGUGCCGAGCGCACCGUGUGUUUUGUACUGCUCGUUGCCACAAUGGCCCAGAGAAGGAGGUGCGUCGGAUUAGAAUGACUUGCCCAGAGCCACACCGUGAAUCUGGGCCUCCUGCUGUUCUCAUUGCUGGGAUUCCUGCUACCUUGCUGCCUCUUCUACUAUCGCACCCGGCUCCAGAGGGAGUACAUCGCCCGCUGGGAGGGCCCCCUGAAGGUGCUUGGCAGCCCUGAGGUGACUGCCUAGGCCCCUGAGGGGCCUGGGUGACAGGCAGUCAAGGCCUGAGCAGCCAAAGGGAAUGCCUCGUGGCUUUUCUACCUGUAACCUCCGCACAGAGCCAGGCGCCGGGGACCUAUAAAUACCAAGAGAAGUUCUAUUUUUGUAGGGACUUGUUAAAAAGGAAAAAAAAAAUCCCCAAAGCAGUGCUCCGUUGACUGAAGAUGUCCCCCGUGCUAGGAUCAGACUUUCUUGCUCCUGGGAUUGGAGGAGACCAGGGUGCAGCCCUGCCCUUUCUCUGGGCCUAGGGGUCUGCCUGCUGCUGCCUCCUGGGGGCUUGUGGGAUCAGUGAACAGGUGACCCCUAAGAUCUCAGCCGUGCAGUGUCCAGAGUGAGCAGGCAUGUGUGUGUGCAUGUGGGUAUGAAAAUCCCUGCCCCUCAGAGGAAAGGGGCCUGAGGUGCUGGCUGUGUCCUGAAUGCUGCCGCGUGGGCGGUAAGCCCCUUCCCGAGGCUGGAGGGUGGGUUCCCUCCCUGCUGCUGCUGCUGCUGCUUGCAGAUCUUAGAGGAAAUAAAAAGCGAAGUGAGAGGCUG